CUUCCCAGGAUGCCGCGCAGGGCCGCCUGACUUCUGGCCGCCGGUGAUGGAUGCGGGGCCAUCCCGCUGCGCCAACUCGGCUGUCGCGGCCGCAAUGGUUUCGCGAUGGGGCUGAUACCUAAGGAUGCCCAAAGCCACAGUGAAGCUCAUAGUAACAGGAGAUGACUUUGGCUACUGCCCAAGAAGAAAUCAAGGCAUUGUGGAGUGUUUUCUCGCCGGCGCCGUAUCAAAUGUUUCUCUUCUGGUCAACGGGAGUGCGGUGUCCGAUGCGGUUCAGCUGGCAAAGAGCAGCCUCCAUCUGCCUGAUGGCAGGGCCGGCCCACUUUCUGGCUGUAGCAGUUCACCCCAGUUGGAUUUUUUAAAUAUCUGCUUUCUCCUUUUUUUCCUUCCAGAAAUCAGACAUAUAUUUGCCCAGGUACUGAAGGAUUAUGGGAUCACAUACACACGGAUCCCCAUUGAGCCAGAUCUUCCUCGCUGUGAUUGGAUAGAUCCACCUUUAAUGGCCUUCUAUCAGGGUGUGGAGAAAGACUCGCUUAACACUGUGGCUGUGUUUAGGAAGCACAGCAUACGAUGGCCAGACAUCUAUAUAGGACUGAGCACCAUGGGAAAGAAUAUGUCUGUCACCAACAUCCGAGGUGCUAUUGAUAAUGCUACCACAUCUUACCUGGCAAAAGUGGGUGACUCUUCCACUCUCCCCAGUUCAUCUGUGAGCCCAGAUCAAGAAACCAGAACAGUAACGAUCGAACUGAUGACCCAUCCGGGCUAUCCCAGCAUCCCGCCAGUUGGAGGCUGUGGGGAGGGUCCGGACGAUUUCUCGCAGUCCUGGGAACGGCAGCAUGAACUUGAAACAUUAAAGAAUACAGAGCUGCAGAAUCAUUACAAAACACGGAACAUUGAACUGUGUGCAUUUAAAGACCUCGGACUAUGACCGAUGGAAGGAGGCGGCUGUAGCGUGUCCUGCGCAGGCAAGGUUGGGUUACACAGGAUGCGAAGGAGGUUGUAGAGCUAUGACCCGAAAUGAAUAAAUAUUCAUUUUCUUGUUCUGGACAUUUCCACUGAACUUCUGUUCUGAUGCUUGGAAGCCCCCCCGAGGACUGAGGAUGCCCAUUUCACAAGAUCAGAGUAGCUGCAACUGGUGUCCUGAAGAGUAGAGUAGAAUAUCCACAAGCAGGCAAAGAUCUGUGGGAAGCUGUAGGGAGCUCCUCAGGACGGGCCAUUGUUGGCUUGCCUCCGAUGCGGAUGCUGGUGUAGAGAAACAUGUUUUAAGAGUCCUAGGAUGCAGUUGUGUACCCUGGGAAUCCUAGUGCAUUGAUCUGCCCAUCAUAACAGAGACCUGAAUUUGAUGACCAAGGUCAUCAAAAUUCCAUUCCAGUAAAAACGGAAUUCUGCCACCUUUAUAAUGGAUGGAAAUGUACAAGA